GGGACGAUGGGAAAUUCACCGGUGUAAGGGAAAUUGAGGUAAUGUACGACAAUAUUCUCCGUUACGUUAUGUUUGUGUACGACAAGAGCGGUGAACAAAUUUACUCAAUUAUGCACGGUGGCUACACUAGAGAAGACAAGGCCAAGGUCACCAGGGUUAGAUUGGAUUAUCCGCAGGAGUACUUGACAUCGAUCUCUGGAUACAAGCAAGAGGAUGGUCACAACGACAUCGAAAACGCUAUUGUUCAAUCACUUACAUUUCAUAGCAAUACAAGAACACACGGUCCCUUUGGCGAGGAGAAGGGGAAGUACUUUUGGUAUCCACAGACCCGAAGCAAAAUCAUCGGCUUUUAUGGAAGAUGCGGGGAGACUCUCAAUUCCAUAGGAGUGUAUGCGGAGCCCAUAUAACACAUGUAUCCUUUC